UCUGUAUUUCAUGUGAUGCAGGGGUUGGGGUGGGAGGAUGGGGAGCUGGAAGAAGGCGAGCUGGAGGACGAUGGGGGAGAGGAGCCCCAGAAUGCCUCUGAGUCCCAUGAGAGGGGCCGGAAAGAGAAGGGAGAGAAGCACAGAAGCGACUCGGAUGAAGAAAAGGCUCAUCGGCGGAUGAAGCGCAAGAGGAGGAAAGAGAGAGAGAGAGAGAAAGAGAAAAGAAGAGCAAAAAAGAAAAGGAAAUCCAAGCACAAACGCCAUGCAUCUUCCAGUGAAGACUUCUCUGACUACAGCGAGGACUCUGAUUUCAGCCCCAGUGAGAAGGGGCACAGAAAGUACCGGGAAUACAGCCCUCCUUACCCUCUUUCUCACCAGCAGUAUCAGUCCUCUCACAGUGCCCCCUUGCCAAAGAAGAGCUACUCCAAAAUGGAGAGCAAGAAUUACAACAUGUAUGAGGAUUACGAGAAUGAGGCCUAUGGCGAAUACGAGGGGGAUGAAGAUGAAGACAUGGGGAAAGAAGAGUAUGACGACUUCACAAAAGAGCUGAACCAGUACCGGCGAGCUAAGGAGGGGACACAUCGGGGGCGAGGCAGUCGAGGCCGAGGCCGAGGAUACCGAGGGCGUGGAGGCAGAGGUGGAAUGAGAGGGCGAGGCAUGGGCCGAGGAGGCCGUGGGAGAGGGAGAGGCGAACAUCCGGAAGAGGAGGAGGAGAUGUAUGAGGAAGAAAUGGAAUAUGGUGACAAUGAAGAGCCAAUGGGUGACGAGGAUUACGACGACUAUUCGAAAGAGCUCAACCAGUACCGGAGGAGCAAAGAGGGCAGAGGGCGAGGUUUAAAUCGGGGGCGUGGGCGUGGCCCCAGAGGGAGAGGAAGCAAAGGGAUGGGCAGGGGAAGAGGAAGAGGUGGGAGUAGAAGUGGAAUGGGGAAAGGUGGCGGAAUGAACGAGGAUGACGAUUACUAUGAUGAAGACAUGGGGGACGGAGGAGGAGGUGGAAAUUACAGGCGGAAUGACCAUGAUAAACCCCACCAGCAGUCUGAUAAAAAAGGAAAAGUUAUCUGCAAAUACUUUGUGGAAGGCAGGUGUACCUGGGGGGAGCAUUGCAAUUUCAGCCAUGACAUCGAGCUACCAAAGAAGCGGGAACUGUGCAAGUUUUACAUCACUGGUUACUGUGCGAGGGCGGAGAAUUGCCCUUACAUGCAUGGAGACUUUCCUUGUAAACUGUUCCACACCACUGGGAACUGUAUCAAUGGGGACGACUGCAUGUUUUCCCAUGAGCCGCUCACAGACGAAACACGGGAGCUGCUGGACAAGAUGCUGGCUGAUGAUGCAGAAGCAGGUGCAGAAGAUGAGAAGGAAGUUGAAGAGCUAAAGAAACAGGGCAUCAAUCCAUUACCGAAACCUCCACCUGGAGUGGGCCUGCUGCCCACACCCCCUCGCCCUCCUGGCCCGCCAGCUCCAACGUCUCCCAACGGCAGGCCAAUUCCUGGAGGACCUCCUCCUCCUCCGCCUCCCCCCCUUCCACCGCCAGGGCCACCCCAGCUGCCGCCACCACCGCAUGAGCCUCUCUCACCACAGCAGCUUCAGCAGCAGCAGGACAUGUAUAAGAAGAUCCCAUCUCUGUUUGAGAUUGUGGUACGGCCCACUGGGCAGCUGGCGGAGAAACUAGGCGUGCGGCACCCAGUUCCACCACCUCCCCGCUUCCCUGGGCCUGGUGGACCACCUGGGCCUAUGCCAGGACCCAUGCACCCCGAUAUGCAUCCUGACAUGCACCCCGAUAUGCAUCCCGACAUGCACCCCGACAUGCAUCCUGACAUGCAUCUGGACAUGCACCCGGACAUGCACCCCGACAUGCACCCGGACAUGCAUCCUGAUAUGCAUCCAGAUAUGCACCCCGACAUGCACCCGGAUAUGCCUAUGGGCCCUGGGAUGAAUCCUGGGCCUCCAAUGGGUCCCAGGCCCCCAAUGAUGCCAUAUGGCCCGGACGAUUCUCCACACUCCGGAAUGAUGCCUCCUGGCCCACCUGCACAAAGCUUCUACGAUAAUUUCUACCAACAGCAAGAGGGCCUGGACAUGGACCCUGGCUUGAUGGGUGACCCAGAGGACUAUGGGAAUUAUGAGGAUAUGGACGAGCCGCUGGGAGAGCAUCUUUUCCCUGACCAGUCCUUGGAACCCGACUCCUUGUGUGAAGGAGGGGCUCCAGGGUUACACAAACCAUCAGCCAACAUCCCUGACUUCCUGCCAUCAGCCCAGAGAGCCCUGUACCUGAGAAUCCAGCAGAAGCAGCAGGAAGAGGAGGAGAGGGCUCGGAGACUGGCCGAGAGCAGUAAGCAGGAGCGGGAGAAUGAGGAAGGUGAUCCUGGCAACUGGUACUCCAGUGAUGAGGAUGACGGUGGAAGUAGCGUCACUUCCAUACUGAAAACGCUAAGGCAGCAGAGUUCAAGCAGGCCUCAUGCCCAGGCAUCCCAUGGAGAAAUCAGUGGCAGCAUCGGCCCGUCCUCAGGGGUGAGUGACCCUCGCCUGCAGAAGGCCCAGCCAGCGGGGAGCAGUCGGCCUGCGGAUCCACGUGUGCUGCGGGAUCCCAGGCUGUCUCGAAAUGCCGAUGCUUGUAGUCCAUCUAGCACUGGAGACGCAGGGCCCACUGACCCGAGACUAGCACGACACAUUCCCACGCCUGCCCUGAAACCGGAUGCGCCUCAUUCCAGCACUGCGGCCAAUCAGAAGGCUGCCGUGGUUCCCGAGGAGGAGGAAGGGGAAAGAGCGCUAAGGGACAAACCGGUCAAUAUCCCCUUAGACGCACUGCCAGCCCACGCUCUGCGAGACCCCAGGUCUCAGCUGCAGCAGUUCAGCCACAUAAAGAAAGACGUGAUCCUAAACAAGCCAAACUUUGCCCGAAUGGUCCUGUGGAGCCCAGAGGAUCUGAUUCCACUGCCUGUCCCAAAGCAAGAAUUUGUUCCCGUCCCAGCUGCUCUCCAGUCAUUACCUGCCCUUGACCCACGACUCAACAGGCCCCAAAACACAGGCCUUUCUGACCCCAGACAACGAGGGGCAGCAGCCCAAGCAGAGCCUGCCACCGGUUCUGGCACCAACAUCCCUGACUUCGAGCUGUUGUCAAGAAUAUUAAAGACUGUGAAUGCGUCUGGCAGUCCAGGGCCUGGGCAGAGCGAUAAGCCGAGCGACCCUCGGAUGCGCAAAGCAUCAGCCGAUCCCAGGUUACAGAAACCGGCAGAGCCAGCAGCUGCCAGAGCUGCCAAACCUGCGGAGCCAGCUCAGCCAACAGCGGCUCCCACGCCCAGCAGCGAGACAGCUCCCACCAUUGCCCCCUACGACCCCAGGCUGCUGACAGCCGGUGGACUUAGCAAAGGCAGCAGCCAAAGCAGUGUGCUCAGUGGGAUUAGUCUGUAUGACCCCAGGACUCCGAGCUCAGCUGGCAAAGCCGCGGAGUCUCCCAGCGAAGGGAAUGCAUCGUUGAAAGGCCCAGAGGCCAGCAAGAGCGCUAACAAGGCCAAGGAGCCUCUGUUUGUGCGCAGGUCCGCGCUGGAUCAGCCCGAGGCCGAGAAGGCAAGCGCUGAGCUUGCCACAGACAGAUACAAUAGUUAUAACAGGCCGCGUCCCAAGGCCUCCUCCACCGCCCCCGCCGCCUCCUCCACACCUGCCCAGGAGACCGCACCUCAGCCAGGGGUUCAUAACCUCCCGGUGCCCUCCGUCUAUGGCAUGGUUAAGCAGACCACAAAGCCUGGGUCAGGCAGCCCCUUUGCAGGGAACAGUCCUGCCCACGACACUGAGCAGCAGGAUGCGGGGUCUCUGAAAGAUGUUUUUAAGGGCUUCGAUCCCACAGCUUCACCGUUCUGCCAGUAGUAUUAAAGGACUGACCUUGCGUCCGUGUAUUGAAUAACAGCGCGCAGUGUUGGUAACUUUUUUUUUAUUCCAUUAGUGCUCACUUUAGCCAUAUAACAUGUAUAUAAAUCGUUUUGGUUCUGGUCAGUGCUGUAACAUAUAGUCUCAAAGAUGCAUUUUAAAUGAAUAAUCAAAGUAUCCUUGUGCAGUAAUAACCAGCAUUUUGUUUGACUUCCUCAAUAGUUUGUUUUAGAGCUUUCUUUCAAAAUGCAAUUGAAAUCAUUUUCGGGAAAUAAUGAAUUGUCUGAAAUGUCCUUGGGAAGCUGUGGCUGAUCUGUCACACCACCUUUUUGUCCUCCCUCUUUGCAGUAGCCGAGCAUCUCCCCGGUACUGCAUUCAGGACAAGGGUAGUGACAGACUGGAUGGCAGAGAAAUGUGGUUCAUACGUGUUGCUUAGCAGAUUAAAGCUGUGAGCCAUGCGGAUUAGUAGAAUGUGUUCACUUCUAAAAUGUAACUAACUAAAGUAUUUGUAUCAUAGUCUUUUUUAAAAUUCUAGUACAGUGAACAGAAUUACCAUGGAAACAUAACCAUGUGGGAUUAUUUUUGUAAUUGUGGGGGUUUUGUUUGCUUUUGUUUUAAGUAAAUAUUUUAUGCCAUUUCCUGGAGGUUGUUUGAUUGUAAGACCCAGCUGGGUUGUAACAGGACUCGCAUUCUCGAGACCUUCCAUGGAUGGCCAUGGAAUAUUUGCAUCCCAAAAAGUUGUGCAGUCUACCAAAAAAAAAAAGGUUGUAUUAUUGAAAUUAAAUUAUUAAUCUCAAUCAGAUUUCACUUGUAUGUAUUUUGCGAAUGGAGGGUUUUUCCAUAAACACAAAUCUGUGUUCUAAGAUUUUCAGUAGAUGAUCCCCACCCUACCCCCCAGGGGUAAAACCCAUCUCCAUCCAGAUGGGAGGGGGAACUCUGCAUGCUGUGCGUUUCAGGAGGCAGAGUUUUGUCCGAUAGUGCCACACUACAAGGAGAGGCUGUUCUUUAGAAAAGAGAGGAAAGCGAUGUUAGGUGCUGAAUACUUUUUCUGAUUCAUUGUGUGUUUAGAAACAAAUGUGGAGAUGGAAGUGUUGAGUACAAUGAGCUGUGCUUUCAGGGUGUGCAGGGAAAAGCAGCUACAGGGGAAGGGACGUGAGUGACAGAUAAUCAAGAUUUUCAAAAGAUGAACGGGAUACAGUAGAGUCUGUGGUUUUGAAAAUGGUUGUUGAGGGAAGGAAGAUCUGGGGUGACUCCUUUCUGUGGCUCAGUGUUCUUGCUACAAGCUGUUUCAGUGGGUAAAGGGGAUAACAGGUUUAUAAACCUUUCCGACAGACGAGACAAUUCUGUAGUUUACGGUUUCCUGAUCAUCCCUCUGCCCCACGCUUGUCUCAAAUGUGCUAGAUCUUUGUACUAAUACUUUUUUUUUCUCCUUCCCAUGCUCCCCUUGGUAGCCUCGGUUACUCAAUGUCAAGGUGUGUCCUACCCCCUACUUCUUGGUAUUUCGAUAGCGGUAUCGCUGUGGAGCUAACUGGAUUCUGCCGUCCGUCACGUGAAUAUUGGUAGUACCCCACGCUCACAAGUAUUUGGCUGGCAAAGCCUGUAGCAAACAUGCUCACAAGUAUUGGAAGAUAAAAACAUUUUAUGCAAAGUGUCUUUAAAGCAUAAACUGCACCAAGGAAAAGCUAAAAUGCUUGCACCUUUCUAGCCAUAUGUUGAGACAUGGAUCUGUACAAUGUACAUGACCAACAUGCAGUAUCAAUUCCUGUGAAAUAAUGGAAACGAAGUUAAAUAUUUUAAACACAGUUUUAUAAACAUGGCUGAGCCAGGUGGGUUCUUCGUUAUACUUUCAGCCAGGACAGUGUCUGUGGCACUAUCAGGAAAAUGUCUGUGGAGUGUGAACUGAGUAUCGUGCUUUCUUCUGACCAAGGCACAAGCCAGAACUUUUGUCAGAGACCCCAAAUAGCUGGUAAUGGUGAGUGUUUUAAAGGCACAGUGUGCGUGUCGUAACUCUCCUUCCCCAGGGCCUCGCACCGGGGAGUGCUGCACCAGCUUAGAUGAGGAUCUGGUGCCAGGCUAUCCCAGCCGACCCACCUUCCCCCGCAGAGAGGUUCCUGUUUUAUUGCAGAAUAUAUCCCAAGGGACUGUACCUCUCUGGGUUGAGAAUUCAUCCAUUGCAUCAUGUCACAGUGGCUUGUCAUCGGGCUGGUGUUUGCAUAAGGAGUAGUGUGAGAGGAAAAACAUUUCUCAGGACGCUGGCUACCAUCAUUGAAUCUGGUUUAGGAUGAAUUGUCCAACAGUGGGACAGCUGCUUAAAAACCCAUUCAGUUUUGCUGUAAGCGUUAUAAUUUGCUUUGAAAAAGUUCUACAGCUAAUGGGUGUUCUUUGGUUUUGGUGCAUGUGAGAUUAAUAUUAAUAAUGCCAAAAUAACUCUUUUCAAUUAAAAAAAACCCAGUCUGGACUCUGAAGUUUUGUUACAUUUAUGUUUGGUGUUAAUUUACUUGUCUUCUUCCCUGUGGACGCUAUUUGUUUUACUUCCUCCUGCACCCUGCUUUAAUUUGAGGCAAACUUACUCUAAACAAUGUCCCUCAACCCAGCUGGAUACCAGAAAACUCAGAUGCCAACGGAUUGUGCUGAUCUGUUCAAUAAGUGGAUGUCCAAUGGAGAUCUAAUCUAUUAAAAUUUCUGCUUGCAUCUCUCCCUGAAAUUGUUUGCUAGUUUUCAAUGAAUCAGUGUGGCAUCUGUGUGGGUAGUAGUUAGCGCACUGUUGAAGUGGUUUACCUCAUGCCUUCUCUUGGUGUCUCCUCAGCUCUUAACCUGCAGUGAAGUGUGACAUAUGAACUCAUGGCUUUGGAGUUUGGCUGGUAUCACUGUCACAAAAA